AAGCCGAGUACAAAUAGUCGCGUGAUUACUGUCAAAAUUUCUCAACAAAAAUGGACAGUGCUAUAAUUUUGGCGUUUAUCAUGUGUUUUGCAUUUCAAUGUUACACAUGUGUAUAUAUUAAACCAGAACAGAUUCAUCUUUCAUACGGAGAGGAUCCAACAUAUAUGGUAGUAAAAUGGAGUACAAGCAAUGCAUCAAUGUCCAGUACUGGUAUGAUCGCUUUGAAGUCUGCUGGUGUGAAGCCAAAUAAGGCCGUGCAAGGUAGAAGUGAACAGUUUGUGGACCCGGGAACAGCUCAUCACACACAGUAUAUACACACUGUUACCUUUUCUGGUCUAAGUCCUGGCAGUGAAUAUGUUUAUCAGGUUGGAAGUUUGACGGAGGAUGUGUGGAGCCAGGUGUACACAUUCAGGGCAAUGAGAAGCGGGAGUGACUGGUCCCCCUCAGUGGCAUUAUACGGGGAUUUUGGACUUUCAAACCACCAGUCUCUACAAAGACUUACCCUGGAUAAGGAGAAAGGAAUGUAUGAUGCUAUCCUGCAUGUUGGUGAUUUUGCAUAUGAUAUGGACUCUGACAAUGGCUACACUGGUGACAAGUUCAUGAACAUGGUGGAGCCUCUUGCUUCCGAGCUUCCAUACAUGACAUGUCCAGGAAACCAUGAAAAUAAGUACAACUUCACUCACUAUAAGAGGAGAUUCAGUAUGCCGUCCGAUGAGAACGGUGACCUAAUGUUUUACAGCUUCAACAUGGGGCCAGUACACUUCAUCUCACUAUCCACAGAAUAUUACUUCUUCAUACAGUAUGGCCUGGUUCAGGCAUUAAGGCAGUACUACUGGCUUCUUGAUGACCUCAAGGAAGCCAACAAGCCUGAAAAUCGUAAACAGCGACCAUGGAUCAUUGCAUACGGCCAUCGCCCGAUGUACUGCUCCAAUACGGACAAAGAUGACUGCACCAAACAUCAUUCCAUUGUGCGAGACGGUAUUCCAGUAAUCCACAAAUACGGCCUGGAGCAGAUGUUCUAUGACUAUGGCGUUGAUCUUGCCAUCUGGGCUCACGAACACUCGUAUGAAAGACUUUGGCCUGUCUUUGAUGAUAAGGUGUACAAUGGAAGCAAGACAGAGCCUUACACCAACCCAAAGGCUCCUGUUCAUAUUAUAACUGGAUCUGCGGGUUGCCAAGAGAACCAUGAUCCCUUCAUCCCGGACCCACGACCCUGGUCAGCUUUCCGCAGUGAUGACUAUGGCUACACGAGGAUGAAGGUGUUCAACAGUAGCCAUCUGUAUCUGGAGCAAGUCUCCGAUGAUAAGGGAGGUGCAGUUAUUGACAAGAUCUGGAUUAAGAAGGACAGCCAUGGGCGAUUCCAUUAACUUAGAAAUGUUCUUACGAAGCUAUGACCCCAAAAAUCUUCUAAACCAUUCCUUCUUUAACUGUGAUAUAUACAUGAAAUCUUUAAUGUUUAUCAUUGACAUUUUGCUGCGAGCAAAAUUAGGUCUAAAGUGAAUUUGAUAUUUUCAAUUGAUCUGUUUUUUGAAGAAUGAAAGUCAAGGUAUUAUAGCCCUUCUUUUAUUGGCAACAUUGUUGUACUAAAACUUGAACCUUGGCUAUAAUGUGAAAAACAUAUUCAAGAUGUUCAAAUGAAACUUGGUACACAUGUGGCCAUGGAUCAAUUAAUUAUGUCCCUUGUUCAACUGAUAAAUAAAAAAGGCGACCGUUGGCUUUCACUCUGCAGGGCUGUUGUUAAAUUAUUCAAAUCCAUCUUUUCAUUUUAGAUAAGUGUAAAAAUUCUAGAAAAUCACAAUGACCUUGAGCAUUAACUGACUUUGGAUGUAGCCAUAUGCUUGUAGAUACAUAAAUCUUUCUAAUUUUUUUCAUUACUGUCAUUAUUGCAUAACAGGUAAAGAUUUUUUUUUACUUAGCACUGUUCAUAUAAUCAUACUGAAUAUAUAACUAUAAUUUUUUUCUUAUGGUGAAUUUCUUUAUAUGUUUAUAUGUCAGUUUUUACUUUUAGUUUCAUACAUUUUUCAAGGAUUUUUUUAUAGCAAAUUAUCUUGAAUGUUUGUUUUUGGACUGCGAAUCUUACUGUUUCAUUUCUUCACAAAAAUAAUUCAAUUUUCGUGUUGUCAGUUUUUGAGUGUUUAGAUUGUGCAGAAUGUUUCUUCACACAUUUAUUGUCUAUUUACUAUCAAUCAAUAAGUGACCGCUUUCUAUCGCAUCUGUUUUUUCCAAGAAGCACUAGUGGGGCCAAUCUGUGAUGUGAACCAUAAUGUAACACCCAUGAAAGUAUUAAAAAUGAAACAUGGUACGCGUGUCCACCUUUCUUAUAUGGGCAAGUGUAGCAAGUCCUAUGAGAUUGGCAAAAUAAUUCCUCAGGUAUGCAGCUUGAGUAAUGAGAAAACAGUUGAGUGCAAGCAUCAUUCCUUAUUGCUCUCUCUCAUUGAUUUGUCAAUAUUCAUCCAAUAAUACCGUAAUAACCAAUCAUAUUAAAAUAAAAAAAUAACCUGUUGACAACUUAUUUAAGUUCAAAUCCCUUCAAAUAUUGCUUUAUCAAUCAAAAUGGCUUCAUAGUUUUAUAUUCUAACAUACAUUUUGGAUAUUAAUGUCUCACAUUGUUAACGAACUGUUUAUUAGAAAAUUGUAAAAAUUAAACGUUGAAGUUAAGGAAAUUAUUAAAUUAGAUUUUACAACAUAAAAACUAUAUUAUUGUGAUUGUCUUAAUAUUACUUUUUGUAAAUGUUUCAAACAUUUUGAUAUGAGAAAAUUACAAAAUUAAUGCCAAAACAAAAAUAGUGAUGUUAGUUUGAUCCUGUUAGAAGGGACCUAAGAUUGUUUGAAAUGAGGCCCUCAUGGCUUCUGUAAUAUCAAGUAAACUUUCAGUUAUGUUAUGUAUCAAUUUAUACAUGUAUAAUUAUCUAUGAUACUUGUUUGAAACAUGCCCUUGAAAAGUAUAAUUAGUGAUCAGUUCAGUGUGAAUGAUGUUCAAGGGUGAUAUGAGAAAAUGUGUCUUUUUGAAGUAUAUGUUGUCUUAGUUCAUGUGCCUCAAGUUUGUGAUGAGAUUAUGUACUUUUACUUUAUAGAAAUAAAUAUAACAAGGUGUAAUUGGUAUCAUAAAUUAUAUCCGCAUAUUUAUAACCUCAUGUUUGAUUGAAACUCAGUGCAAUAAAAGAUUAACGAUUUGCAUAUUUCAUUAAA